AUGGCUCAGUAUUAUGCCCGCCAUGAACGGGAGAGAGAGUACGGAAGCUAUGGGGACGGAGAUUACGACCAGGAGCACCCGGAGGAAUAUGCAAACCACCCUUACCAAAGAGCAGCACGAGCUCCCCGCAAUAGCAACACCUUUUCCCCGCCUCCAACACCGAACUACGAGUUUUCACGGCAGCACACGUGGCCUGGGCAAAACGUCAGCGGAAGUUAUGAGGAGCGAGAAAGAGGAUUUAAAUCGCGGGAAUUCGCGCGUGAGAGGGAGCGGGAAUUCGAUGGAUACUCCGGGUCGCCGCGCACGCCAACGUACGAUGGUCGCGGACCCGGCGCUGCUGGCAGCAGCAGCGUUGGUGGCAGCGGCGCCUCCAUGGCUAGGCGAAGCAGAGACAUUGCCGGCUCGCCACGACACGAAACGCGCAAUAGCCCCCGACAACGAGAAGCCGAGCGGGACAGAGAUCGCAACGGCGACCAAGACCGGGACUAUUACCAGAAACGCGAGAAGGUGCAAGAACGGGCUCGGCAGCGGAUGCGAAACGAGACGAAGACUUACCCGCGGAGGCUUCAGGCGUAUCUGCUGCCGAUACUGCAGAGUCAGGCGGCCAUGGACAAAGCGGUGGAGGUGUUUGUGAAGCUCGGCGAAGAUGCCCGCUACCUGACCCGUAGCGCUGGCGUCUUGCUGGAAAGCCUGACGGCAGUUGCUGACGACAUGGCCAACAACAUCAAAGGCGGCGACGGAACUGGCCUGGACGACCCGCCCACAGACUCGGAGUUGACGGAGGAAAGCGUGCUGGAGGAUUCAGAAACGGCUGCUGAGUCAGCCAACUCCGACGACGACGACGACGCCGAUGAUUUCGGGGACGGUCGCCGUCCAGGAUCCAGCCGUGAAGCCGGAGGCCUCAUUGGUGCAAGUGCGAGACGGAGGAGCAGUGCAGCAGGGUAUGGAUCUGGCAAGAACGGUGACGGGCAGCGGAAAGGAAGCAUGAGUGCGACGCCCUUGUUCAUGCAAUGGUCUGAGUUCUCGCCCCAUGCCCUGAGCAAAGCGCCCGAUGGCGUGAACGAUCGGCGCAAGUCAUUCCUUGCACUGACGCAGACGAUCGGCGGCAGCCUUAUGCUGGACCCGGAACUGGCUUCCAGUCGCGGGAGAUCAGGCUCCGGCCCGCUUUCAACCAAGGGCUUGCUGUCCGAGCUGGUGCGGGUGCUGCAGCCGCACGACUACCGCGCAUAUUUCCGAGCUGCGGCUCGUGUCAUCCUCCUCCCAAACACAGGGUUGGUGCGGCGGCCAGACGAGAUUUCGCUGGAGGCGAUGGAACGGCAGCUGUUGGGCACAGCCAAGUUUGGAUCAGCCAUGCCCGGAGCAACGGCGAGCGGAUCAGCUGCGGCAGCGGCAGUGCCCAUGGUGGCUUGCGUGACCUACAGCUCUGGUAAUUACGGUGCGAUCACACUCUACCGACUGGACAUGGUGUCUACGCGUGAGAGUGGUGACUGGCCACGUCGAAUUCAGCCUGUGUCAGCCAUGACUGGGGUGCCCAAGGAGCUCCUGCGACGGACGGUGCGAGCGAUGCCGCCAUCGCGACGGACGGUGCUCAAGAUCCGGUCAGCCAGCAGUGGUGUGAUUGGCAACGGGAGCAAGAGCGACAAGAGCGACAAGAGCGACAAGGGCAGCAGUAGUGGUGGCGGGGGUGAACUUUCUCGCAUGCGGUGGGUGUCGUUGCCUGGAGAUGCGACUGCCCCAAUUCUGAGAUACAGCCCCAACGUUGGGAGGGCGACGCUCUCGGGCAGCCUGCGGACGUCGCUAGGGAUCGAGGCGGACGAUCUCAAGCUUGCCGGCGGCUCGAAUGCCAACAUUGUCAACGCGACGGUGCCGGCGAUGUUGGCGUGGCUACAUGUGCGAGCAGCCUACCUGACGGGGGUCGAGUUCGAGGCGACAGAGGUGCAACGUGGCAGCAGCGGCAGCAAGUCGUCUGUCAAAGAGCGGGAGCGAGAUCGUGACCGGGAUCGGGAUCGGGACCGCGACGAUGCAACAUCGACAGCAUCAGCUUCGCAGCGUUCGCGGAUGCGCCGCAUCGUCCGGUGCAAGCGUGGGCCAAGCCUGAUGGAGCAUGAGGGACGGGACCCAUGCAUUGUGGUGCUGCAUCCUAGCCGGGGCGAUUGGGUGACGGCACCGAUGUACUGGACGGAGGUAAAGGAGGUAAAGGAGUAA